AUGGUCAUUAGCCUGCUUCUAUGCUGCAGUUAUCUUGGAGAGAAACUGGAGCCUUUAAUUAUCGGCAAAUAUCGAAACCCUCGGUGCUUAAAACAAUUCAAUCCUGAUGUUUUUAACGUCAUGUACUCUUCUUCUAAAAAUUCGUGGAUGACAACUGAAAUUUUUAAAAGCUGGGUUUUUAAAUUAAAUACCAGAAUGCUUUCUGAAAACCGAAAAAUAUUAAUGUUGUUGGAUAAUGCUAGUUCUCAUAGACUAUCCGAUUAUUCAAACAUUGAAUUUUUAUAUUUACCUAAAAACACUACAUCGUUAGUUCAGCCAUUGGAUAUGGGCAUAAUUAAAGCACUGAAGACAAAUUACAGUAAUUUACUUAUCGAAUUCGUAUGCAUUUGUGAAAAUAGAAGCAAUUUUUUGGAAGCAAUCAAAAGUUUCAAUUUACGGAAUGUGAUGCAACUAAUUUCUGAAGCCUGGGCCAAUGUAACUUCAAAUCAAAUUCAAAAUUGUUGGAAAAAAAUUUUUGAGUGUAGAUGGGAGGAAACAAUAAAUAUCAAUUCGAAGAUUUAUACGGACAUGACAGAAAUGGUGAACGAAGUCUUUGUCGAAGAAUUGCUUGAAAGCGAAAUAAAUUUUUAUAAUGGUCCUGAAUCAACAGACAUCAUAGAUCCACUGACUCUUAUUAAUAAUAUGGAGGAAAAUAUAUGCAAACUUUCUCCAGAAUUAUUAAAUGAUUUCUACGCCCUAAGGAAAAAAUAA